AUGGUUAUCGAGAGAGAUGGAAACUAUAUAUUGUACUACAGUGUAUCAACCAUUGGAAGCCAGGACUCGGUCAUCGCAUACGCGACCAGCACGACCAUGGAGAACGGCACCUGGGAAGAUCACGGGUCGACGGGCGUGGAGUCGACUUCGGACGCCUCAUACAACGCCAUCGACCCUACCAUGAUCCUGGUCGAUGGGACUUACCAUCUCUCGUUCGGAUCGUACUGGGGUGACAUCCAGCUGGUGACAUUCGACUCGGUUGCGACGGCUGCCGACGGGGAUCCUUCCCAAGCCAUCUACAAGCCACCAGGCGACCACGACGUCGAGGCUAGCUUCCCCUUCCAGCACGGGGACUACUUCUACAUGUUCUGGAGUGAGGGGCAGGCCAACGACUAUGAUGUCUCGCGGCCUGCUGAGGGUGGGGAGUACCGGGUCCGCGCGUGCCGGAGCACUGAUGUUGGCGGGCCAUAUACCGAUGGCAACGGGACCGGCUGCUUGGAGGGCGGCGGCAACGAUGUUCUUGCCAGCCAUGGUGACGUCUACGGUCCUGGCGGGCAGGGGGUCCUCGACGACCCGACGUACGGGCCGAUUCUGUACUACAGAUAUGUCAACACAACAAUCGGCUAUGCUGUCGCUGAUUAUCAAUGGGGGUGGAAUGUCAUUGACUGGGCUGAUGGCUGGCCAACGAUAUAA